AGACACAAAGAGAGGAUUUCACCGCCUUUGAUCUGAAAAGGUUUAAGUAGGCUCGUCAGCCAGAUUUAGUGAUCGCGAAUCUCGGACGGCAGAAACAGAGAGCAAGACGGUUAAAAACGUAAAAGGAAACAGCAGAAGCUAAAACUCGUGUACUAAUUUAUCAUUUAAUAUGUCAGACACACAAAAGGAAACGUGCAGAAACAUGCAGAUGAUUUCACUGGAAGAGGCCUCUGAGAAAAGACCAGCUGAAAACGAAGCUGCAAAGAAGGAGUUGGUGGAGCUCCAGAGACAACACGAGGAGGAGAGAAGAAGAAUAGAGGAGGUAAAGAGGGAAAUUGUGUUAGUCCUGAAGGUCCUGAAAGAAGAGAAGAGCACAUUACAGAAGGCAAAGUACUCAACUGAAACGGCAGAGCUUCAAGAAGAAAUUGCAGAGCUGAAAUUACAAAGGGCAAACAUAGAAUUGAUGGAAGGCAAGGAAAAACUGAGAGAGAAGAGAGAAGAAAUAGAAAAGGCCAACAAGGAACUGAAGCAUGCAAGUAAGGAAGUUGAGAAUGUAAUGAAGAGACUGCAGGAGGCUCAGAAGGCUCUGGAUAAGGAGAAGAAAAAGCUGCAAGGGACAACAAAUAAAUCUGAAAACAUUAAGAAAGAGUUGCGGGAGGUCCAAGCAGCAUUAGAGGAGGAGAAAAGGGCAAUGAAAGAAAUGAGGAUAGAAUCUGAAAAAUCAACAAAGGAAUUGUUGGAGGUUCAGACAUCCCUGAAAGAGGAGAAAAGAGCUCUGGAAGAAGCAAAGAUGGAAACUGAAAGUGUAAGAAAGGAAGCUGACAGUUCAAAGAAGGAAUUGUUGGAGCCCCAAAGGGAAAUGGAAGAGGAGAAGAAGGCAAUGCUGGAGGCCAAGAAAGCAACUGAAGUUGCUAAAAUGCAAUGCGAAAAUGUUACAGUGGAAGCCGAGAUGGCAACACUGAAACUUGAAAAUGCAAAGCUGGAAUUGUUGGAGGUCCAGAAGUCCUUGAAAGAUGAGAAAAGAGCUCUGCAAGAAGCAGAAAUGGAAACUGAAAAUGUAAGAAAGGAAGCUGACAGUUCAAAGAAGGAAUUGUUGGAGCUCCAAAGGGAAAUGGAAGAGGAGAAGAAGGCAAUGCUGGAGGCCAAGAAAGCAACUGAAGUUGCUAAAAUGCAAUGCAAAAAUGUUACAGUGGAAGCCGAGAUGGCAACACUGAAACUUGAAAAUAUAAAGCUGGAAUUGUUGGAGGUCCAGAAGUCCUUGAAAGAUGAGGAGAAAAGAGCUCUGGAAGAAGCAGAAAUGGAAACUGAAAAUGUAAGAAAGGAAGCUGACAGUUCAAAGAAGGAAUUGUUGGAGCUCCAAAGAGAAAUGGAAGAGGAGAAGAAGGCAAUGCUGGAGGCCAAGAAAGCAACUGAAGUUGCUAAAAUACAACGUGAAAAUGUUACAGUGGAAGCCGAGAUGGCAACACUGAAACUUGAAAAUGCAAAGCUGGAAUUGUUGGAGGUCCAGAAGUCCUUGAAAGAUGAGAAAAGAGCUCUGCAAGAAGCAGAAAUGGAAACUGAAAAUGUAAGAAAGGAAGCUGACAGUUCAAAGAAGGAAUUGUUGGAGCUCCAAAGGGAAAUGGAAGAGGAGAAGAAGGCAAUGCUGGAGGCCAAGAAAGCAACUGAAGUUGCUAAAAUGCAAUGCAAAAAUGUUACAGUGGAAGCCGAGAUGGCAACACUGAAACUUGAAAAUAUAAAGCUGGAAUUGUUGGAGGUCCAGAAGUCCUUGAAAGAUGAGGAAAGAGCUCUGCAAGAAGCAGAGAUGGAAACUGAAAAUGUAAGAAAGGAAGCUGACAGUUCAAAGAAGGAAUUGUUGGAGCUCCAAAGAGAAAUGGAAGAGGAGAAGAAGGCAAUGCUGGAGGCCAAGAAAGCAACUGAAGUUGCUAAAAUACAACGUGAAAAUGUUACAGUGGAAGCCGAGAUGGCAACACUGAAACUUGAAAAUGCAAAGCUGGAAUUGUUGGAGGUCCAGAAGUCCUUGAAAGAUGAGGAAAGAGCUCUGGAAGAAGCAGAAAUGGAAACUGAAAAUGUAAGAAAGGAAGCUGACAGUUCAAAGAAGGAAUUGUUGGAGCUCCAAAGAGAAAUGGAAGAGGAGAAGAAGGCAAUGCUGGAGGCCAAGAAAGCAACUGAAGUUGCUAAAAUACAACGUGAAAAUGUUACAGUGGAAGCCGAGAUGGCAACACUGAAACUUGAAAAUGCAAAGCUGGAAUUGUUGGAGGUCCAGAAGUCCUUGAAAGAUGAGGAAAGAGCUCUGCAAGAAGCAGAGAUGGAAACUGAAAAUGUAAGAAAGGCAGCUGACAGUUCAAAGAAGGAAUUGUUGGAGCUCCAAAGAGAAAUGGAAGAGGAGAAGAAGGCAAUGCUGGAGGCCAAGAAAGCAACUGAAGUUGCUAAAAUACAAUGUGAAAAUGUUACAGUGGAAGCCGAGAUGGCAACACUGAAACUUGAAAAUAUAAAGCUGGAAUUGUUGGAGGUCCAGAAGUCCUUGAAAGAUGAGGAAAGAGCUCUGCAAGAAGCAGAGAUGGAAACUGAAAAUGUAAGAAAGGCAGCUGAGAAUUCAAAGAAGGAAUUGUUGGAGCUCCAAAGGGAAAUGGAAGAGGAAAAGAAGGCAACACUGGAGGCCAAGAAAGCAACUGAAGUUGCUAAAAUGCAAUGCGAAAAUGUUACAGUGGAAGCCGAGAUGGCAACACUGAAACUUGAAAAUAUAAAGCUGGAAUUGUUGGAGGUCCAAAGAGCGCUGGAGGAGGCAAAAAGCCAAGAAGCCGAAGGGCCUGAUGCUGUGGUGACAGAGUGUAAAGAUGCGCACAAACCGGAAGAAGCAAAAAAGGUGCAUAAAAAGAAGAAAAAGUCAAAGAUGAGCCGCAUUUGCAGCUGGUUCAGCUGUAUCAAAGGGGCUCAGGAGGAGGAUGACUAACUUCACUCCUGGCAGUUGGGAGAAGACCCCAAAGACACUCAGCUACAUGUUACCUGGCUGAGAACACCUGAGGCUCCUCUGGGAGAAACUAUGAAAGAUUGCUGCAUUAAUUUGACCCACUUGCAGAAAAUAUGUAUUGCUUGUAUUGGAAUUUUGCUAUU